CACCGACCCUCUCGCCGCCCCGCCCCGCCCCGCCCCACCAGCGGCCGCCGCCUCCGGCCCUCCGCCCUCUCGAAUCGCGCGCGGCCCAUGGCGAGCGCGUCGCCGCUUCCCCCCACGCCGCCGGCGCAGCCGCAGGGCAAGGAGCAGCAGCAGCAGAAGGCGGUGGCGAUGAACGCGCUCCGCCUGCUGGCGAUCGGGGACCGACUCAGGUCGCACUUCCGCGGCGGCGCGACCGUCCUCGAGCCGGCCGACCUCGCGCACCUCGUCUACGCCUUCGCUAGAGGGAUCGAUUUCGCUCUUUCUAGCGGUGAUGUUCCUAUCGUGGCCAGUGAUAUACCCGGCAUUCUGAAAAAGGUAUAUCUGAUAGGAAAAGAUCAACUUCUGCAAUCUUCUGUUAUGGUACUAAUGAUAUCAUGCAAGAAUGCUUGUUCUCAAAACUGGUUUCAACCCACAGAUUGUACUGAUAUUCUCAGAAUGGCUAAUGAGCUCUCUGGCAACUUCUGCACGCCAGCCAGCAAGCCAGAUAAUGAAAGCACUGUGAUCCAAAUUAUGUCAACAAUAAUUCCAAGGUACUAUCCUCAAUUGAAGUUUGAACGUCUAGUCACUUCGCUGGAAGCAAAGGCUGGAUAUGAUGUUUUAAUGGCCGACUUUUUCAUUCAUAAGAAUGUGCCUCGAGAGGAAAAGAUUAAUCUAAUUGUUGUGCAAAAGGAAGACCUAGAUGCCUCAUCAUGUAUUGCAAACCCACCACAUGUGAGCUUUUUAGUCAAUGGAAAAGGCGUGGACAAGAGGACUAAUGUUUCAAUGGAAACAGGACCCCUGUUCCCAACUGAUAUUACCAGGUUGCUCAAAUACGGGGCAAACAUCAUCCAAGCUAUAGGAUAUUUUAAUGCUAACUAUAUCAUAGCUGUUGCAUUCCUGAACAAAUUGGAGUCUUUUGACGCUCCAAACCUCAAUGAUUAUGCCCAACCAGUCACUGCUGAUCCCCCUGAUUCUGAUAUACUUGAAGGACCAUCUAGAGUUUCCCUGAAGUGCCCCAUAAGUUUUAGGCGCAUAAAAACUCCCAUCAAAGGAUGCCUAUGCAAACACUAUCAGUGUUUUGAUUAUGAUAAUUACAUGGAGAUGAACUUGAGGAAGCCGACUUGGCGCUGUCCAUGUUGUAAUACUCCUUCAAACUUCACUGACCUACGGAUUGAUCAAAAGAUGGCCAAGAUUCUGCAAGAGACUGGAGAAGAUACUAUUGAUGUCCUUGUGUUCGCUGAUGGAUCUUGGAAAGCCGUUUCAACUCAUGAUGAGAGAUCAGAUAAACAUUCCAGUGAUGUUAUUCAGCAGAGUGGAGAUACUAUGGACACUGAUGCGACUCCUGAUGAUGUCAUAGAUCUGAUAAAUGAAGAUGAUGGUGGUGAUGCGGCAAUGAGUUUUGCCUCGGCUUCAGAAGAUGUGAAGCCUCUCUUGAACUAUCAGGAUCUAUCCGUGGCAGACUAUCUUUCAGAUUUGCCCAUGAACACAGUUUCCCAGGCAGAAGAUGUACAUGCAGGCGGUGGAAACAAUGAACGUGGCAAUGUCACUUCAACUUCUGGCCAAAAUUCAUCAUUGCCUUCUACUGGUGGUCUGGGCUCUAGUUCAUUUGGGACUUUGGAGUCUAUUCUGCCUCAUAACAUUCUUCACCCUGUUAUCACAGAUGCAGUCUCUCCUUCUCUUGAUACCUCUAAUUCUGUAGUUCCGAGGCAGAAUGUACCUCAAGGAACACAUUCUGAUGUUGUGCGGUUGCAACCACGAAUAGAUCCAUUGCUUGGAUUAGAAAUUGCAAGACCUCCUAUACCCAGGAAUGUCAGGAGGGAUCCUAUAGGAGUUCAGGCUCUGCCAGUACAACCACAGAGAGUACGACCAAAUAUCUACAAUUGUCCACCUCCUUUCCCACAAUCCAGUCCAGCUUCUUCAGCAUAUCAAGCACAUCAUGUGACAAACUCAGAUACUGUCAUCACUGCUAUAAACUCUGGUGUUGGAUCACUAUCAAGGACUCCAGAUGCCACAUCGUUAUUGCAACGACAGUUGACACAGCAGGACAUGCGCAACACACAAAACUAUCAUCAAGCAAUCAUUGGCAUUACUGCUCCUCAAAAUUUCAUGAGACCGCCGCCAGGAGGCCUAUUCCAGUCUAUAGGUGCCAAUGCACUUGGAGUUUCCCCUGCACAACAGUCCCAUCACAUUGAUCGGCUAUUAGCGAACAAUCUAUUGAAUCAGCUUGGACAAGCUGCAGUGGUUCAAGCUUCCACAACCCCUCCACAAGUCUUGCCAACCCAGCCAGGCAGCACAAGUACAAUCAGCUCGCAGAUCCGUACUCAUUUCCUUCCUGCACAACGCAGCCAAGCAAUGAGACCAACACAAGCAGCGCCUCGGCCUACAAUUUCUCAGGCACCAUCUCGCCUUCAGCCUCCCUUUUCGCCAGCUGCUGCUCGGCCCCUGAGUACACCUCCCCCAAUCGGAACUUCCGAUGAUCUUCCAGAGCUUCCUGUGGAUGAAAGCUGGCGCCCCUCAGGGCAGAUGAGAGGGAGCCUGACUGGUGAAGCUUACAGCGUAGCAAUUGGACGCUACACCCCCAACGUGAACAUUGCUGGUCAGCAGACAAAUGUGGUGACAAGUCAGGCUCGGCCAGCUGGUCCGGAUGCGCGCAGGUAACGAUGGUCAGGCAACUCUGGAACGGUAUUGCUCAUCAAGGAGAUUUUGUUGUUGAUGAGCAGGCAACUACAGUAGAUAUCUCUCUCCCUAGUUACGUUAGGUUGUUGUUAAUCUGUUAACUAGUUAGGAGGUUGGGACAAUCGUAGUGUGAGCGCUAUGCUCACCUGCAAGGCUGCAGCCCUAUUUUUGUAGCAGUUUCUGUGCCGCUUAACUUGCAAGUUAGUACGACCUGACGACAUGGGCUGUACAUGGAACAAAUGCUAAUUAUGUAGUAAUGUAUUGCAGGCUCUUGCAGCUA